AUGUUUAUCCUUGAAUCCGCUGCCGGCGAAGUAGUGAGUAAGGUGACUGCACUCGCUACUGAUCAAUUGAGACUCGAUAUCGUCUUGGGGUUCCGCAAAGAGAUACAUAAGCUCAAAGAAACCUCAACCCUGAUUGGAGAUAUAAUCCAUGAUGCUUCUCAUGAACCUGAAGAUCGGGAACUGCGGGCAAGGGCCAAUUGGAUGAAGAAGCUUAUAAGCGUAGCUUAUAAUGCAGACGAUAUUCUGGAUGAAAUAGAAUAUGAAGUUCAGCGUAUCGUUAUAAAGGAGACGAGCCUGGAUAAGAAGAUACUCGGCUUCUUCUGCAACAAUCCUGUUGUAUUUCGUCUCAAGAUGGCACGCAAGAUUUACAACAUCAACACAUCCUUGGAUGAUCUCAACAAGCAAGCAGCCAGUGUGGGACUCGGCAUGACAAGGAGAUCAAAUGGAGGUGCAGCAGCAAGUAAAGAUAAGCGGGAAACAACCUCAUUCGUUGAGAAAAAUGAAUUCACCUUGAAAGAUGCAACCAUUGUUGGAAGGGAUCAGGUUGUGUCAGAUAUAAUUGCAACCUUGACCAACUUCAACAAUCAAGAAAAGAUUCUUUCAGUGAUGGCCAUUGUGGGAUUGGGAGGCCUAGGUAAAACAACUUUGGCUCGCUCAGUUACCAAGCAACUGAAAGAAGGUGAAAUGAAAAGGUACUUUAAUGCAACAUUAUGGGUGUAUGUAUCUAAUACUUUUGAUGUCAAUUCAAUUUUACGUCGAAUGCUGGAAUCAUAUGACGACGCAACUGGAGCAAAUCUUUCAAGUCGGGAAGCAUUGAUUGGAAGCCUCCAGCAGAAGUUGAAAGAGAAAAGGUAUUUUCUUGUACUCGAUGACGUUUGGAAUGAGGAUGCUAACAAUUGGGAUGAUUUGAAGCGUUGUCUAUUGCAACUAAAUUCAGCUGAAGGAAGCUCUGUGAUUGUCACCACCCGUAGUGCCAAGGUUGCAUCAAUCAUGGAAACACUUCGUAGGUGCGAUCUAGGGACUCUAUCGGAUGAUGAAUGUUGGUCCAUAUUAAAGGAUAGAGUAUUUGCAGAUCCUACUGCUCCGAUACCUUCAGAACUAGAGGAAAUUGGAAGGUUAAUUGCCAAAAAGUGUGCUGGUCUUCCAUUGGCGGCAAAGGUUUUGGGAAGCUUGAUGCGUUCUAAGAACGGUAGCAAUGAAUGGUUGUCAAUUCUGCAAAGUAAAAUAUGGCAGGUAUCAUCAGACAAAGAGGAUAGCAGGAUCAUGUCGGUUCUGGGGUUGAGUUUUAACAAUUUGGAAUCACCAUUGAAACAAUGUUUUGCAUAUUCCUCCAUGCUCGAGAGAGGUUGCUCAAUUGAAAGAGAUAAGUUGAUCCAACUAUGGAUGGCUCAAGGUUUUCUCCAUCCUUCUCAUGGUCACCAAACCAAGCAAGAGAUUGAAAUGGAGGAUAUAGGCAAUAAGUAUUUUGAGACUCUACUAGAGAACUCCUUGUUUCAAGAUGCUACAGAGGAUGAGAAUUGUUUGGACCCAAAAUGA